GCACUCGGUCUUAUCGUCUGCUAAAGUCUUCACGACCGACAGGAAUUUUUACUUGUUUUUUCAUUUAAUAGACAGAAAAUCAUCCAGAACAAAAACUUUAUAAAUUAAAGUUCUCCUCAUAUUAUGCUGUCGCUGAGUGUCGCCGUAAGUACCUGUCAAAUCUUUAAAUAUUAAAAUAUAUAUUCUAUUUUCCGUUGAGUGGCGAACACGAUGGCCGCUGCCUCGUUUUCGUUCGAAUUCUUAGAAUUUCACCUGCUUUCGCAGACAUCUCAAUUCUAACUAGAAGCCAUGUUAUUCUCGGAAUUCGAAUAGUUCUUAAUCAAAACGAGAAUAGAAACAAUCUGUAUAGUUGGCUUUUUACGCGUCCAGCAGAUCGGAUCUCGGAUUGUUAGGAGAUCGUUAAUGAACGGACAGCAGACUUUGAGAAAGAUGCCAUCGAUUAACAGCCCGGAAUCAGACACUGUUGAGGAAGGAGAAUCGAUGACGGUGUCAGGGCUAGCGAAUGCAUCAGUUAAGCCUACGGAUAGUUCACCUCCUGUGAAGUGUGCACGCCUGUCGCAAAAUGGUUCCACUUCAACCGAAGAAUCCAAAGAAUCAAUGUGGCAAAAAACCGGUUUUGUCAAUGGAAAAUAUCUGAAUCCACCGACGACAUUGGCUAGACGAAAUUUUGCAACAGUAGAACGUAAUUGUUUACCUUCUGAAAAAUAUUUGGAGGCUAAAAAGAAACUAGAUGCUAUUAUUUCAUCUUCUGACUCUAGCAGCGUAACUACCGAGACUAAGGCUCGGUCGCUAUGUGAAAUUUAUAGCAAUUUAGAACUAGAAGAGAAGGCAUUAUUUCUAAAUACACUAUCCACCGAAUAUGGUCUUAAUCAAGAUCAAGUUAUCCAUGCCGCCCAAGCGGUCUUAGCUUUAAGAGAAAAAGGUAGUGGUACACUAUUAAGAGCUGAAGAAAAAUUAAGGUUAACUUUACAACCGCGAUAUCAGCAUAUUUUCGCCGUGGUUGGACGUCUGGAAAAAGGUGUUAAAUUCCUGGUGGAUAUCAGAGCAGAUCUCAUGGAUUUGAUCCAGGCUCGUUCAGCUAGUUCAACUGACAGCGAAGAUCAAACACACCUAAGAGUAAUGAGUAAUAACAUACGUGAGUUACUCUCCUUAUGGUUCUCAGUCGGUUUUCUUGAUUUGGAGAGAAUCACUUGGCAAUCACCAUGUGACAUGUUGCAAAAAAUAUCCGAAUAUGAAGCCGUCCACCCAAUACGCAAUUGGACAGACUUAAAAAGACGAGUUGGAAACUACAGACGCUGUUUUGUCUUUACACAUGCUAGUAUGCCUCGUGAGCCCGUCGUUGUCUUACACACUGCACUUACGUCUGAAAUAUCCUCCUCAAUCCAAUCAAUUGUUCAGAGAAAUGCUCGAUUGAGUGGUGAACCAGAGCCGGUAGAGCUUAGCGAAAAUACCCAUUCCAUUUCAACAGCUAUUUUUUAUUCUAUCACCUCAACCCAAAAGGGGUUACAAGGUGUUGAACUUGGAAAUUAUUUGAUAAAAAAAGUAGUCAGGGAAUUGCAAGCCGAAUUUCCAAAUAUGAAAAAUUUUUCAAGUUUAUCUCCUAUACCAGGUUUCAGGGAUUGGUUGUUAUCAGAAAUUGAUUCCUUUUCUAAAACUAAACAAAAGCCUGUGCUUCUUAAAAGGGAAGAGAAUAAACUAAGUUCCCUUGAUUCUAAAACAGAGCCAAUUGUCACACUAAAGCAUUCAAUUCUUCAAAUGUCAGACUCUGCAACUUGGUUCCAGAAUUCACCAAAUGUUGAUGUAAUAAGUGGUAUUUUAAUGAGAUUGUGUGCACGUUACUUGUAUAUUGAAAAGCGAAGAGGCCUUGCCCUGAACCCAGUUGGUCAGUAG